UGAUAUGAUAAUACCCGAGUAGGCCUCUCUUGGCUUUAAUUUACACUCCAAAGAAUCCUCUGUUCCUUUCAGAGAUCUCGCUCCAAAGAUAACGCCUUGGGGCUAAGCACGGGAUUCUUGACAAAUUUUGAAGAAACUGUAUCUCUUUUUGGUGGUUGUGGUUGCAGGAGGAUUUGGGUGGUACUGAUAUUGAAUUAGAGCUUCAGGUUAUUUUAUUUAUUUGUUAGAUUGGGAUUUAGAACAUGUCUAGUAAGAAGGAAGAGAAAGCGCAGGUUGCAGCGGAAAGAAUCAAGGCAGCAACCUUGAGUGCUGCCAAGGGUCUUAGCCGUGCUCAGGCUGAAAGGGCAGCGACAGCUGCAGCCCGAAAUGUUAAUGCAUAUGGGCAGAAGGAAGAAGGACCAAGCAGAUGGCAGGAGAAAAGGGAAGCUAAGAGACAGAUGUACCUGAAUAGUACUGAGAAGGCUGUGAGAUUGGGUGAAAGAAAGGAUCUUAAGGCCUCUAUGUCUACCGUUGCUGGUGUGGCUUCCCAAUGCCAGAAGUGUUUCCAGAGUGGGCAUUGGACAUAUGAAUGCAAAAAUGAACGAGUUUACAUCUCGCGACCCUCUCGGACUCAGCAGCUCAAGAACCCCAAAUUGAGGAUGAAGGUUUCAAUCUCUUAUGAUUUAGAUAAUCCAGAUGUUAAGGAAGAGAAGGCUGAAAAGAGUUCAAAUAAAAGCAAAAGGAAGCAUCGAUCAUAUUCUGAUUCCAGUAGUGGUAGUGAGGCUUCAGUUUUCGAGACUGAUAGUGGGGCUUCAUCAGUUUCAGGAUCGGAUUAUUCUUCAGAUGAGAGUAGCUCUAGUUACAGUUCCUCAUCUGAUUCAGAAGAGGAGAGGAGGCAGCGGAGGAAGAAAAAGAAGCAGAAGAGGGGGAGGCGCAGGAGGGACAGCUCAUCUUCCGAGUCUUCUGAUUCAGACUUGGUUUCAGAGUCGGACUCUGAUGAUAGGAGCAGUCACAGGAAGAACAGGAGGCAUGGUCGAAGGCGAUAGAGGCAGUCCAACCGGGGAGAGAGAUAGACACAGCAUGUGCUCCCCAUAUGGAGUAAAUUUUGCUGUGUUACACUUGUUUGUCAUCAACCUGGGAUCUCUUCCAGCUCCUAAUACGAUCUCAUCUGUUAAUAUGGAAGCUUAGUUAAGGUUUUGUGCUGUUGCAGACUGGACCAGUUAAAAUAAGCUUAGUGAGUGUUUUCUUUCGAGCAUUGCAUUGGAUGAAAUAUUUUGGGAAUUUGCUUUAGUUGCUUUGUGCCAUUGCACUUCUUGCUACAUUUCCCAUUCUGAUAAUAGUUUUGUCAAACAAGAAAGCAGGGUUGCCAUUA